CUUUUCUGCACUUUUUUCCCCUGGCUCCUCAUGGCAUGCUGAGUUUGGGAGUGCAGGAGGAAGAUGUUUUAAAAACACUGGCAGGCAAAAAGACUCUCAGAGAAACAGAGCAGUGCGGCCCAGUCAACGCAAGCAUCCUCAGUGCAGCCCAGCAGAGCUUCUGUGCACCCUCAGGUCUGGACCUGCCAAGAUAAAGAUGUUAGCGUCAAACCUGUUACUGCUGGUGGUGGUGUUUGCCAAAUGGGCCGAGCCAUACGUUACUCAAUACCGAGAUCCGGAGCAAGACCCAUAUGAGCCCAGAGAUAAUCAGAGAUCCACAGAAUACUACAGAGAUGGCAGUGGAACAGAGUGCAGGCGAUGCUGUGACCCUGCAGAGGAGCCUCCUCAGUACGCCAGUCCACAGCCACACUACCAGAUUGUGCCACAGAUAAACAUCACCAUUCUAAAAGGGGAAAAGGGAGACACUGGCGACCGAGGACCCUAUGGGAAAUCGGGCAAGUCAGGGCAAACUGGACCCCGAGGGCCCCACGGCGUGAAGGGAACCAAGGGCAGCGUCGGUGCCCCCGGAGAACCCUGUAAGUCCUACUACGCUGCCUUCUCCGUGGGCCGCAAGAAGGCCCUGCACAGUAACGAUUACUACCAGACCAUGAUCUUCGACACAGAGUUCGUCAACCUGUACGGCCACUUCAACAUGUUCACGGGCAAGUUCUUCUGCUACGUCCCCGGCAUCUAUUUCUUCAGCCUAAACGCGCACACCUGGAACCAGAAGGAAACGUACCUGCAUGUGAUGAAGAACGAGCAGGAGAUGGCCAUCCUGUAUGCGCAACCCAGCGAUCGCUCCAUCAUGCAGAGCCAGAGCCUAAUGCUGGAGCUGGAGAGGGACGACCAGGUGUGGGUUCGGCUCUAUAAGGGGGAGAGAGAGAACGCUGUGUUCAGUGAUGACUUUGACACCUACAUCACAUUUACUGGUCACCUUAUCAAAGCAAAGUCGGAAGGCUGAGCAGAGCAAAAAUGAUGGACAGCAAAGAUUUAUGUAACAUGUAUUAAAUGAGAUGUAAUUUCUUGUUAUUCUUUUUUUUGUAAGUUUUUUAAACAGUCUUACAUGGUACCUGAGGAGAAACCUUGAUUUAACUUUAUGAUCCAGUACUGGAGUGUCUUGUGUGUCUGACCAUUUAACUCUGUUAAGGAUACUGGUGCUAUAUUUGACAAACAUGGUAAAGGUUAUUGUUACAGUGUCACAAUAUUAUGUAUUGUAAUAUACUAUAUUGUAUACGAUAAGAUGCUGAAGUACAUUGUUUCAGAGAAGUUGAAAUAAUACCUAAUAAUUUAUUAGAUUUAUUAAAUAUUUUUUAUAAUGUACUGUAUUGUAGAAUAAGAAAAAGUAACUCAAUCAUCAAUGACAAAACACCUUAAUGGUGUCUCUGAAUGUACUGUAUUAUAAAUGUUACAUUUGUAUAAAUGGAAGAACCAGUAAGACUUCAUAGUCAUAUCAGCGUAUAAGCAGUGAUAUUGUGGAUUUGAUAUAUUAUAUUCAUAAGAUAAAUUAUUCCCAUGUGUUUUACUUUAUAAAAAUCUGUUCCUGUCUUGCACAAGGACUCUAUAAAAUAAUCAUAUGAACUGGACGGUUACGUCUUAACCAAAGCUCAUUAUUUUAAAAGCUUUUGAAAGAACCAGGUUACUGUGGUCAACAGUUUCUAAAAAAAGACUAACAGGGGCUUCAGUAGGAAGCACAUUAAUUAUUAUUGUUAAUUUGUAAAUGUUUUGUUCAUUGUCAUUAAAGGAAACUGACAAUUUUGUCAGCCAGUUGAAA